GGGGCGCACGGGCCGAGCGAGCUGCCGUGCCGCGGGGCGGGCGGGCGCCCGACGCUAGGGAAGGGGCCAUCCCCGCGCCCAGCCCCCUCCGCACGCACCUAAGACACACACAUAUAUACAUCGCAUAUAGAGAGAGGGAGGGCCUCGGCGGCGGCGAGGCCGCGGGGUACCUCCCGACAGCGGUCCCCGCGGCACGCCCGGGCUCGGGCAUGGCCGCGGGGCCAUGACGGGCGCGGCGGCAGGCGGCGGCGGCUCCGGCAGCACCCGCCGCGUGGCGGUCAGCAAGGCGGAGGGUCGGUCGCGGAGCGCCCAGCCGCGGGCGGCGGGCGGCGGCGGGAGCGGCGGCGGGAGCGGCGGCGGGUCGGAGGAGGAGGAGCAGCGGGACGGCGGGUCGCUCUUCCUGGUGAACAAGAGCGGCUUCCCCAUGGACAGGCAGACCUGGGAGCGCAUGUGGGGGCACGUGGAGCGGGUGCACCCCGACGGAGGCGCCGUGGCAGCCGCCAUCCGGAGCGCCGCCCGCCUGGCUCGGCCCUCAGUGCCCCCGGUGCCAAACUACAAGCUUUCCAUGUCGAUUCCAGAGUGGCUCCAGGCAAUACAGACCUACAUGAAGAUGCUGCAAUACAAUCACACAGGAACACAGUUCUUCGAGAUUAGAAAAACCAGACCUCUAAGUGGGUUAAUGGAGACAGCAAAAGAAAUGACCAGGGAGUCCUUACCGAUCAAAUGCCUUGAAGCAGUUAUCCUGGGGAUAUACCUAACGAACGGGCAGCCCUCUGUGGAACGAUUCCCCAUCAGCUUUAAAACCCACUUCUCAGGGAACUAUUUUCAUCACGUGGUGCUCGGGAUUUACUGCAACGGCCGGUACGGCUCGCUGGGCAUGAGCAGGCGCUCAGAUCUGAUGGACAAGCCUCUCACUUACCGAACUCUGAGCGACCUCAUCUUUGAAUUUGAAGACUCCUAUAAAAAGUACUUGCAUUCAGUCAAAAAAGUAAAGAUCGGACUAUACGUCCCGCAUGAGCCCCACAGCUUUCAGCCCAUCGAGUGGAAACAGCUCGUUCUCAAUGUGUCCAAAAUGAUGCGCGCAGAAGUCAGGAAGGAGCUGGAGAAGUUUGCCAGGGAUAUGAGGAUGAAGAUUCUGAAGCCCUGCAGCAGCCACUCUGGGGCGAAGGAGCGAUGCCGGGGGAAGUCGCUGUCGCCUCGUCGGCGGCCGACCAGCCCGCAGCGACGGCCGCACCGCAGAGACAAAUCGCCUGCGGUGGUGGACAAGAAAGGAGACCUGGCAACGCUCAACGAGGUGGGCUACCAGCUCCGCAUCUGAGUAAGCCAUGUGCCGGACACCGGCCUCCCUGGUGCUUCCCGCUGCUUUUGACCUGCACUCCCUCCGAAGGAAAACACAAUGGAGCUACUUACCAACUUGAGGGCGCUUCCAAUAAAAGUUUAAACUAGAAAAUAGAAUGGGGGAAAAUUCUUUUUUGGUGGCAGUUUUGAUUUUGUUUCAGUUUACAGAAGUGGCACCGUCCAAGAGAACCUAAAGUUCGAUUGUCCAGGAUGUGAGAGGUUUUGUUCCCCCUCCAUUGUAUAGCAGGUGACUCCAGUGGCGUGAGACUUUCUUCGACUACAAUUUCCCUGUACAAGUAUUAGUUGAAUGUGGGCAUUGUGCUGGGUAGUAGCAUUGGGAUAACUAAGAAAUGGUAUUCUUAGUGUUAAGAUGUGCCGGAGUGCAGUGCAGCUUGGGAAAAAAAUACCAUAUUCAGUAUUAAUCUUGAAUUCAGCAAUAAAAGCAAACAGUGCAGAAGUGGUGUCGGUUUUUAAAGUAUCAACAUUACCUCACUAAAAGUAACAGAUAUGCAAAACUGUCAGUAUUAUUGUUUUGUAACUAAUUUGUACCGUUUCCCAGCAUUUCUGGUAGCAUUAAACCAGCACUGGAUGUUUUACUGCCACCCCUGUUGUUCUUUUGUGCACGUUGCUGAAAGAUGUUAAGUACCAGUAAUAUGCAAGUGUAUUCUUAAACACCAACGUCGUGUUGGGCGUGAGACAAGGUCUGUCUGGGGUUUGUAAAAUGAUGGUAACUGAUGAAUAAUGAUUUUUUAAAAAAAAACUUUUUGGAACCUUUUUAUACUUUGUCACACUGGCUUUUUAGUCUUUCUGGAAUACACUCCUGAAGCACAAAACAUAGAGAUUGCUGUUUCGUAGAGACAAGUGUUCACCUACUACUCAGUCUGGUUCUUGUGUGUGUGUGUUCCUGCAAUAAUGGGGGGGAAAAAAAAGGUCAUAAACACUAACCUGGGUCUAUAUGCUUUACUUUCAACCUUUAUGUAUGACUUUGAAUCUUGUCUUUGAAAGGCUGAGCAGUCUCAGACAGUGAUGCCUUGACAUCUUACGUUAAGAUCAGGCACCACAGGCUGAAGGGAACCUUCUGCCGUGCUACUGUAGGGCGUUUUUCUGGGUUGUUGUAACGACUUAGUUGCUCCUGAAUAAGGAAGCUUGUAUUGGAACAUCAGCAAUAAAUUUUGCAUCUGAAGCAGCUGAAAAUCAAGGCUGUCUGCUUCCUCCCUACUGUGUCCUUUUGUUCUGAGACUGAGCCAAGGCCCUGCCAUGGACUGCAGUGUCCUGAAGAGACGAGGCCAGCCCGGCACUGGAGUCUACCCUUGGCAUUAGCAAAGCUCUCUGCAAGUGUUUGACUGCUGCAUUCCUGAAGAUAUUUCAUUAGGUGCCUAAAUAGAAACUGGAUUGCUGUACAAGUCCAGCCUCUACCCCUUUGUGCUCUGCUUAUAGAUGAUACUGCCAUGGGCCUCAUGUACUUCCCCUCCUGGGUAAUUACUUCUUUGGGAUCUCUAUGAAGAAAGGACUUUGUACCACAGUGAUGAUAAUGCCUCCUCCAAUUGAAUGAUUUAAGCUCCUAGAACACUUACAUCAGCCAGCAAUUGAAUAUGGGAGGAGAUGAUUUGCUCAGACACAGACCUCACUGCUCAGAAGUGAACGAAUCCCACCUCCUCAGGACAGGAAGACACCACUGGGACCCAGCAACCUUCCCCAGACAGUGAAAGGCUUUCCACACAUUAACUGCAGAAGGCCUAGGCAGAAGACUUUCCCACCUCUCACCCUUCUUCCUACAAGACUGACAUAUCAGUUAAAGGGAGGCCUUUCCCAUCCCUCUUUCUGCUAAUUUUUCCAUUCCUGUGUUCACAGCAAGAAUGCUUCUGGUUCAUGAGUGAAACUGAAGAGAGGGAAAAACUCUUUUGGUAGAAAUUCUUGUGUAAUUUGACAUCAGCUACAGAGUUUUUAAACUUUGUGCUACUCUCAGUCUUUGUGACCUAAACAAUUUUUUUUUCAUGUAGGCCUUAGAUUGCUCAUGGGUAAAAUGAUGUGAAAAACCUUACUUUGAUCAACUGUAGCCUAUAGCACAAGAUUAUCUGAUCUGUUGUGAGGGGUUUUUUCUAUGAAAACAUGGUUUACUUCAGCUCAAGGUUGUGGUUUUUACCAUUGUCCAGCACAAGUUAUUUUCUUGUAACCUCUAACUGAUACUGAAAUUUUUAAUGCUCUAGAGGUAUGUGACAAAGGGCUUUUGGUUCUCAUUUUGAAGUUCAGCAGAACUAUCCUCUUGAAACUUCCUUAUGAUGGCAUUUGUCUUAAGUGUGGUGCUAGUGACUGUUCUUCUAACUUGCUGCAAAGUGGUCAAAUAGUGUAGCAAACAUGCAUGACUUUGGGGUUUUUUAAUCACUUGUAUGUUUAUGCGCAGCAUGAAAUGUCAAUAAAAUAUCAUGGUAGGUUUUUUUUUAAUCA